UUAACAUUUUAGUACAGAUCAGUUUACAAACCCAAACUGGUAUGACACAACAAGCUAUAGCUUUAACUUAUAAUAAGUAUUGGCAAUCCGGAACAUGCAUGUAUUUAUCUGCAUUCUGCAUUUACACAAAUUAUCGGAACAUUAGCCAGACUAUCAUGGUCUAAAAUACGUUAAGUUCACCAAGUAUAAAUUAGGCCACUUCACGUCUGGCGAGAGAGACGUUUAUCAUCGUUGGUCAUUGAAAAGCAACUAAUUAAAUUACAAAAGUUGUAUCCUCAAAGUAAGUAAAAUGCCGGACUCCUCAUCGUCUUCCGAUUCUGAAGGCGAGACUCCGAAGGACAAUAGUGAAGCAUUCUUGAAAGAAAUCCAAGACCUGAAAAAUGCUUUGGACGAAAUCACAAAGGAGAGAGACCAAGCUCGUGAUGACAAUCAUAAUUUAAAAGAAGAAAUUGAAAAACUGAAAGAGCAUAUUGAAAAGCUGAAGGAACUCGAGUCCAAAUUGGAGUCAAAAGAGAAAGAAACGGACGAAGCCAAAAAGAAUUUGGAUGAGCUUAAGGACAAGUGUGAAAAAUACGACGAGAAGCGUAAAAAGAUGAAGGAUUGUUGUCACAAGCAAAAGGAUACAAUUAAUCGUUUCCUGAAGUUCUUAGAAGAGGAAGAACACCGUUUGGAGUCAUUUAGAAAGGAUGAAGGCGAAAAGCAUGGCGAUGGGUGUUGCUCGGACUCUGAUUAAAUUUUAUAUAUUUAUUCACAAUAAUAUUUUUAAAAAAAUUAAAAUCACAUGCAAGUACA